UUAUUAUAUUUAGUCACUUAUUAGCCUAUUGUCCACUGAUUUCGUCGAUUUGACCACUAAUUGAUUGUAUCGUCAGAUGAUUGCCGCCGAAGAAGACCUCAAUAUGACUGACAAUGACUUGGACGUGAAUAUAGUUCAGGAGAAGUGGAAGGGAGAGGACGAGGAGGAAGAGGUGAAAGACAACUGGGAUGACGAGGACGAGCCCGAAGAGACGGCGGAGGAGAAGCCUCGCGCGCCCGUCGUCUCCAAGAAGUCUAAACUGAACGCAAAGAUCGCAGAGAAGGAGCGCUUGGAAAGGGAGAGCAAACGGAAGCCCCGGACGGCUGAAGAGGAGUUGGCCGACAAGUUAGAGCGCCAACGACUCCAAGAAGAGGCCGACCUCUUGUUGGCGAAGGAGGCCUUCGGAGAGGAGUCCAAUGUCUCGAAGAGUGGUUCAGGUCUUGACAUCAGUCUUCAUACGAAAGAAGAUUUCGAUUCAUUCAGAAAGAGUUUAGUCGACAAACUCGUGGUUUACGACAAAUCGCCGCAUUUCGUGAACUUCUUAGAGAGUCUGUUCCGUGAAGUGUGUGUUUCCGUGGAAUCCGAUGACAUCAAGAGACUGUCGAGUAGUUUGACUGCACUUUUCAAUGAGAAAGUGAAGGCACAGAAGGCGGGAACAAAGCCUAAGCGGAAAGGAAAGGGAGUUUCGGUAAAAGUGGAGCGAAAUCAUGACCUCGACUUCGACUCGAGAGGUAAUGAUUUAGAAGAUUUCGAUGACUUCAUGUGAAACCAGCUUUUGUUAAGUCUUAUAAAUACUGCAC